AUGGAACCAGGAAUUCAGCUCGCCCCGUGGGAGCCGCUCACUAACUGGUACGAUACCAAAUUAGAAGAUAUUCUACCCCAUCACGGAUUCGUCUUCAAAGAAGGCCACAAGAUCUUCAAAGCCAAGCAAGACUGGGUCCGAGUCAAAUGGGCCAUCGAGGCACCCGCGCCUACCCUCGAAGAAGACAAGGUCGAUGCCGUACUGGCCGCUAUCAUGAAUGACGCCAACAUUAUUUCCAAUACCUUUCAGCAAACUCAUUUUGCUUCUAUCGACUACAGCCGCUUCCCUACCAACGCCAUUCUCGAAUCAGCGCGUAAAGAGCACGACUGGACUGAAAUCGUACCUGACGGUCGGUUUCCCCAUCUGAUGAAGAAACUGAUUCGUGCACGUACCCUUUACAACCGAAUCACGGGGAUCCUAGGUCGUUCCGAGGCCGAUAAGAGUAAAGGACAGGGAAAGCUGGCAACAGCUAUCGAUGAGUGGACCAGAACGCAUCCGGUUGAUGAUCCUGAGCCGUACUACGCGCAAAUGCCUCAGUACCUCAAAGACUACAUGAUCAGCCGAAUGAUUGAGGGAAAGGGUGCGGAUUGGAACUACUUCAAGGGCGAUCACUCAGACGACGAGUCCACAAACAACCCUACUGGCUGUGGUACGAGCAACGACACGAAGAAGAAAGGAUGCAAGAAUACCUUGACUGAUGAAGACGCGCCCUGGGUGCACACCAAUUACGCGUCUAACUCGGAGUGCAUGCUAGAGUCAAUGGAAGACGAGGAAGACGAGAACGCACCCUGGAUUCCUUGGUCCCAAACAAUGCGUGCACGUCAGCUGAUACGCAGCCCUACCAAAAAAGAGUGUUUGUUAUCAUACCGUAUGUGA